CCCAUCCUCUCUCUAAAAGCUAUUCCAACAAUCAUGAUUACCAACGGAGGUUUCGAUGGGAUAAGCCUUUAUAAAUAAAGACGUCAAGGCCGUAAGGGUCACCACCCCUGCCCCUUUCUCUCCCCCUCAGUAAACGGUGUACUCACACACGAUGGCGACUCUGACAGUCCCCCAAUCGGUUCCUUCAGCAGCCGAGGAUUGUGAGCAACUCAGAAAAGCCUUUGCAGGGUGGGGGACAAAUGAGGCUUUGAUCAUAUCCAUAUUGGCUCAUAGGAAUGCAGCACAGCGCAAGUUAAUUCAAGAAACUUACAAUCAAUCUUAUGGAGAAGAUCUCCUCAAAGCCCUUGACAAAGAACUCUCUAGUGACUUUGAGAGGGCAGUACUGCUAUGGACACCGGUCCCUGCAGAGCGGGAUGCGUUUUUGGCAAAUGAAGCUACAAAGAUGUUGACUGCAAGCAAUUGGGUUAUUAUGGAAAUAGGUUGCACUAGAUCUUCCCAUGACCUGUUCUUGGUGAGGCAGGCCUAUCAUGCUCGCUAUAAGAGAUCCCUUGAAGAAGAUGUUGCAUACCAUACAUCUGGGGAUUUCCGCAAGCUUCUAGUUCCUCUUGUGAGUGCAUUCCGAUACGAGGGACCUGAGGUAAACACGAGAUUGGCAAGAACAGAGGCUAAGAUACUUCACCAGAAGAUAUCAGAGAAGGCUUACAAUGAUGAUGAACUCAUUAGGAUUGUCACUACAAGGAGCAAACCACAGCUUAAUGCAACACUCAACCACUACAACAAUGAAUUUGGAAAUGCUAUCAAUAAGGAUCUGAAGGCCAAUCCUGAGGAUGAAUUCCUCAAAUUACUGAGGGCUGCAAUUAAGUGCUUGACAUUCCCCGAGAAAUAUUUUGAGAAGCUUCUCCGUUUGGCUAUCAACAAGAUGGGGACAGACGAAUGGGCUCUUACUAGGGUGGUUACUACUCGGGCCGAGGUUGACAUGCAGCGUAUUAAAGAGGAGUACCAUCGCAGGAACAGUGUCCCUCUGGAUCGGGCAAUUUCUGUGGACACUUCCGGAGACUAUGAAAAAAUGCUUCUUGCCUUGAUAGGUCAUGGGAAUGCUUGAGCAAAGCUUUGCCAUCCUGAAAGUUUCUAUGAGGGUUUCUCUCCGGAGUAAUAAUGUUUAUGUAAAACUGGUAUGAGUGUGCUUUUAUGGUUUUAUUGUGCUGGCUUGGGUCAAAAACUUUGAGAUGAAGCAACUGGGUUUUUGCAUGUUGUGCUUUUUUCUUUUUCUUUUUUUGGUAUUCAUUUUGAGGUUUCUUAUGCGAGAGCUUUCAAGGCUUGGAAUAAAUGGCUCUCAGCUGGGAUGCGGAUUAAUUGGGGCAACAGUAGAAAGAACAUGGACUUGAAUUGCCUUACUGUGCUGGCCUUCUAGGCCAUGGUUUUUAUGGG